CGUAGUUCGACUGGCCGAAGCGGGACCUUCAAGCUCAGGACUACUUCCACUGACCUUGGGUUACCAAAAAUUUGUCGCCUGUGGGUUUCUGCAUUACCUGUUAAUCUUGUUCAUCUCUUUAUUUGUUGAUAGUGUGUCUUUCAGCUUAUCAUUCAAAUGAACUGCCACUAGAGCGUCAUUUAGUCCCAUGAAACAAGUACCCUGUACUUAUGAUUCAACCGACGAGGAGUUCGGAUUAGAUAAUACGGAGCCUUCAAGCUCACUUAGUAAAAAUAUUCAAGCUCCUCCGACUAAAUGCUCAAGGAUUUCGUUUUCUUUGCCUCCUGCUAACGAAUAUGUUUCAGGGUCUAGUGCUUCCAUACAUAAACUCCCUUUCGAUUUGAUUCUAGAAAUUUUCAAGCUUCUUCCUGCCUCUGAUUUACUGCACAAUGUUCCAGCUGUCUGUCAGUUGUGGUACAAUGUGUCUCUAACUCCUGUUCUUCGUACUCGUCUUGUACUACGACGUCAGAUACCAGCUGAGUUGAUAAUCGAAGCCAUUUCCAGUCGACCGAUGCUUCGUGUCCUUCGCUGUCUGGCACUUAAACAUGCGGAAUCGGUACUACCGGAUUCUAUUAAACUCUGUCCUUUGCUCACAUGUCUUAAUAUAGGGUUUAGUGUUUUGAGUGAGCGGGCGACAACUAUCCUGGCUAAUAAUCUCCCGCCAACAUUACUGCAUCUCAACGUUGAAGGUGUAAAUACUAUCGAGAUUGGUUUCAUCACUACUUUAGUACUUCGAUGUCCAAAAUUAGAAGCACUCAAUCUAUCACAUUGUGUUUCAGUAUGCGAUGCAUGUGUGAAAGUGAUUUCAAAUGGACUACACAAUCUUCGUCGUAUUAAUUUAGAUGGAGUUCUUUGGAUUACAGAUAGUGGUAUUUUACAUCUGGCAGACAGCGAAGCUGUGCGCAAUGGUAACCUUAAUGCAAUAUGGUUGGAUGGUUUUGAACUUUCGAAUUCUGGACUAAAUGAGUUUAUCAUUCGAUUAGAAUAUGCUACAAAACGCAUACCAGACAUUAAAGAUCUUAUCAAUCCAGAAAUUGAGCAUCAUAUACUCGGAAUUCAACAAUUGUGGAUUAGUUUUUGUGAUCAUAUUGAAGAUGAAGCAGUUAGAUCUAUAGCUAAUCUUUCAAAUCUUGUCGCUCUUACACUGAGAAAAACUCAUCAAGUCAGUUCGAUUGGUUUAAGUUCACUAUUUGUCUCCAAAAGUCUAAGUCAUUUAGAUCAUCAAUUAAAUUUAAAAUAUCUUGAACACUUGGAUUUGAGUGAAGCACCUGGUUUAAAUGAUUCAGUAGUGAUGGAUAUAUGUUAUUGUUGUGGUAGCCGUUUACGCUUUCUUACCUUAAACUGGUGUUGGGAAGUAACUGAUAUCGGUGUGAAUCGAAUAAUUGAAAUAUGCAGCUCUUUACGUCAGCUAAGCCUUAUUGGAAAUUCUGUUAUUCAAGGAAAAGCAUUUGCUGAUAUUCCUCUAAAGAUACCACAUUUAGUUAUACUUAAUUUAACUCAAUGCAAUCAUGUUGUCGAUAAUAUACUUGAAGAUCUUUCACUUAAAAUGCCAAAUCUAUAUGUAUUUGAUUUCUUUGGUGAACGUGUCGGUGGUGGACUAAAUGACAUUUGUCAUUUUGAUAUAUCUAGAGCAUUGGGUAAAGUGCCAAUUUGUCCAGAUUAAUUUUAAUUUGUAUUCAAAAAUCAAUCAAGUUUCUUCAGCGAUCUGUUCAAUAUCUCACUGGUUAUUAUACUACUUAAAUAAUCUGUGAUAUUGACAUCUAAGCGUUAUACUAAUCAUUCAAUCUGAUUGAAUCUCCUCUUUGUCAUUGAUCUGAUAUCAUUUCAGUAUUGUACUUAUUAUCAAGAUGACGUACAAUUAUUUGAAUAGAUUCUUGUCCCUUCUAGAAAUAAUGUACAUUUCUUUGCUGACUGCCAGAUUACAAUGCAAACAAGUGUACAUUUUUAUUUUCCAUCAAGACAAUAGAAUUUUAUACCAGAUAAAAAUGAGACUUUUGUUUUUAUUUUUAUGAUUGAAAUUUAUUUGGUUUUUCUAUUCAUAUUUUUCGAAGUUGAUGAAAUUGUAUUCAGUCAGUCAGAUGCAACGUAGAACUUUGUACGUAAGUACAUCAGUUCAUGUUGCCAUACCUUAUCAGCACAGAGAUAAAAUUGUAUUACUUAUAUUCACUUACAAACUUUCAUCCUUAUCUUAAUCUUUUCAAUGAUCCCAAGUUUCUUGUCCACACUGAUUGAUUAUUGCAUAAUACGUAUAUAUUCCUAAACAUGUUCCCUAACUAAAAAAAAAUUGUAUAGACUCACAUUAAAUGAAAAAGAAAAGAUAUUUUUCAUUUCAAUGUCAAAUAGUUUAUUUGAUUAAUUCUUUUUUUUCUGGUGUAUAUAUGUAUGCAGUGAUUGGUUGAUUUUUGUAAAAAAAAAAACUUAUUGAAGUAUUUUGUGCUCAGUAUUCUGUAUUGUAUUAAACCUAUUAUUAUUAUUAUUAUUAUUA